AUGACUGUUUCAAAAGACCUUGGGAGUGGGCAAGCUCAGAGCCGAGCAAACACCAUUGCAGCAGAUGCAGCAAUGCCACUGGCAGAUUCCCACCUUGUGCUCCAGGAAAGGGGCUGCCACCGCCAUAACGACGGCACAGCAGAAAGGCGUUGUUCGCGUCACUCGCGCGGGCGUCACCGCAACGGCAACUGCCAUAAUCAUGAUUCACAGCAGCCUAUGGAUGUUAAUGCCAUUUAUUCAAAGCCUUCUGCUUCACUUUCUUUGACAGCUGGUCAUGUGAAUCAAGUUUUGCCAGACACUUCCUCUUGCAUUCAGCGCGAUGCGAGGAAACUUUUUGUGACUUUGCUCAUUUGUGGACGUUCUGUUCACACGCAGCUGGACACUGAAUUGGAGGCUUCACAGAUUCCGCCGCCUCAGCCCACGACUCCAGCGGGCGCGCCUGCUAUCGUCGCCGUGCAGUCACCUGCACCGGACGGACGCCUCUCGCCGCCACCACGUGCCCACCUCCGGCCGCCGCCGCCGCGUUCCUCCACAGUGCUGGAACCGAUGGACGCUGAGGCUGCCGUCUCGCAGUCGCCGCCGUGGCCCACAGAGGUCGUUGCUCCGCCUCCUCAUCCGAGCAUACCCAGUGGCGGUGCGCGGCCUGGCAGAAUUGGAGGCUUCACGGGUUCCACCGCCUCAGCCCAUUUCUCCACCGCCAGCCCCUCCGCCGGUCACGCCCCGCCGUGGGCGCGCCUGCCGUCGUCGAAUUCUCUGCUACCGGUCCGGUCACCUGCAUGGGGUGGGCGCCUUCUGCCACCACCACAGCAUCAUCUCCAGCCGCCGUCGCCGUCGCCGCCGCCGACAUGUUCCUCCACACAACCGGUACUUAUGGACGCUGAGGCUGCUGUCACGCCGCUGUGGCCAUAG